UGAGAUUUAUAUUAGAUAUGUAGAGUAGUCUUUCAACAGAAAGAGACCCACACAGAGAUUAAAAAUUAGAAAAAUCUUGGUUUUACAGUCUCUCUUUAAAAAGCCAUUAGAGAAACAACCUACUACUUUGAUGCUAUCAUGGAAGGAGGAGGAGGAGGAGGAGGAGGAGGAGGCAGUGAUGAUCAUCAGCUCCACCACCACAACCACCCCCAUCACCACCACCGUCAUAACUUUCCAUUUCAGCUACUUGAGAAGAAAGAAGAAGAGCAACCGUGCUCAUCUUCUUCUCCUUACCCUUUACUCCCUAUUUCUACUUCUUCUUCUCAUCAUGAACUUAACUCAAACACAAACACGAACGCAGCUUCUUCUUCUUCUACUACAACAAACCGUUCCAUUUCUACUCUUCAAAUCUCUCCCGAAACUUCCAAGAAGCCUCCUCCGAAAAGAACCUCGACUAAGGAUAGACACACCAAGGUUGAUGGACGUGGACGCAGAAUUCGUAUGCCUGCUCUUUGUGCAGCUAGGGUUUUUCAGCUAACUCGUGAGCUUGGUCACAAAUCUGACGGUGAAACCAUCGAGUGGUUGCUUCAACAAGCCGAGCCUGCAGUGAUCGCCGCCACGGGAACUGGGACAAUCCCUGCUAAUUUCACGUCGCUUAAUAUUUCACUACGUAGCUCCGGCUCCAGCAUGUCUGUUCCAUCUCAGUUGAGAUCUGUAAACUACAACGCGAACUUUUCUAUGCAACAACGUCGGAGCCUGUUCCCGAGUAUUGGUCUCGACAACACUACACCAACAUUUCUCAAUUUUCAGUCUAACAAUUUGAAUGCUAUGUUGCAAGCCAAGCAAGAAUUGCGAGAUAAUAAUAAUAAUUCCUUGGAGUUAUCAGAGGCGGAGGAGAGUUUAGGAAGAAAGAGAAGGCCUGAACAAGAGCUAUCGCCACAGCAUCAAAUGGGGAAUUACUUGUUGCAGCCAAGCACCGGUGCGAUUCCAGCCAGUCAUGGUCAUGGACACGGUCAAAUUCCGGCUAAUUUUUGGAUGGUUACAAAUUCGAAUAAUCCAGUGAUGAGUGGUGACCCUGUGUGGCCAUUUCCAUCCGUUAAUAACAGUGCUUUGUAUAGAGGCACUAUGUCAAGUGGGCUACAUUUUAUGAAUUUUUCAACCCCUUUGGCCUUAUUGCCUAGUCAACAAUUAGGCUCAAGAAUUAGCAGUGGUGGCGGCGGAGGAGGAGGAAGUGGUGGUGGGCAUAUGAAUGAAGGUCAGUUGAAUAUGUUAGCUGGAUUAAAUCCAUAUAGACCCAUUUCCGGCACCGGAAUAUCAGAAUCACAAGCAAGUGGAUCGCAUUCACACCACGGUGGUGGAGAUGAUCGGCACGAUACAACAAGUCAUCACUCAUAAUAAUAAAGAUCAACCCCUUUAAUUUCUUUGUGUGUAGUUUGAUCGAUGUGUAACACACGUGAGGUUUGAUUGCCCGAGUUUUUAUCAUUCCAAAUUAACUUAUUUUCCUGGUGUGGUACUGGUUAAUAUGGGUUGGCCGCGGAUUCUUAUUAGGGUUUGAACUUUGAAGGGAAAGAAAGAAAGAAAGACAAUCUUCUACUUCUACUACUGCUUAUUUUUAACAUAUGGGUAUUUUCCUGGUUUUGCUACAAGAGAGUUAUCUCAUUUGGCUCUUUAUUUCUUCAUUUUAAUUUUAUUUUACACAAUAUCUUGAUCCAUCUUCUUCUUCAUCAUUGUUUGUGCAAUUGUUAUUAUCUGUCAAAUAUGAAAGCAGUAGUACUAUCUGUGUAAUUUUAUGGAGCAUCGGCGAAUGAAAUGAGGAAAGUAGCAAAUGGGUAUUUGAUUU